CGGCUUGCGAGUUACCGCCCACUCGCCGCGGCGCUUCUGGCUGCAGGCCGUCCUCCGGAUCCGAUCCUGCGAAUGGUUUUGGCCAUAUCUUCAUGUAGGACCUACUCUCCCGUCGACCGCAGUGAAUCCCACCUGCGGUGCUUUAACUUGUGCAACAGAGAUGCUGCCCAUGGCGGGGAGGGAUGGGCAAACUGGAGCGGGAGGCGGGAGGGUGGAGGGCGGGGCGCGGCUUGGGGCUUGGGUUCCUUUGCGCCUUGCCCACCAUGGAGGGGUUGGACACGAGGGAGGGCGAACUUUCCCCUGAGAGAUUCUGGGGAAAGGGGAAAUAAGCUUCGAGUCAGUAAAACUGCACAAAUGCACAGUCAAGAAGAGAGUCUUGGGAAAACCAAGGAUCGUUCCCGGAGAUGACUUUUGGACUGCGGAAACGUUUGUCAAAGGAAAGGGGCUUCAGUUUAAUGCUGGGCUUCAUCACCAGGCCUCCUCACAGAUUCCUGUCCCUUCUGUGUCCCGGACUCCGGAUACCUCGACCUUCAGUACCUUGUGCUCAGCCCAGGCCCAGAGCCAUGGCUGUCUCCUCUUCCUCCUGCGAACUGCCCUUGGUGGCUGUGUGCCAGGUAACAUCGACGCCAGACAAGCAACAGAACUUUAAAACAUGUGCUGAGCUGGUUCGAGAGGCUGCCAGACUGGGUGCCUGCCUGGCUUUCCUGCCUGAAGCAUUUGACUUCAUUGCACGGGACCCUGCAGAGACGCUACGCCUGUCUGAACCACUGGGUGGGAGACUUUUGGAAGAAUACACCCGGCUUGCCAGGGAAUGUGGACUCUGGCUGUCCUUGGGUGGUUUCCAUGAGCGUGGCCAAGACUGGGAGCAGACUCAGAAAAUCUACAAUUGUCAUGUGCUGCUGAACAGCAAAGGGGCAGUAGUGGCCACUUACAGGAAGACACAUCUGUGUGACGUAGAGAUUCCAGGGCAGGGGCCUAUGUGUGAAAGCAAUUCUACCAUGCCUGGGCCCAGUCUUGAGUCACCUGUCAGCACACCAGCAGGCAAGGUUGGUCUAGCUGUCUGCUAUGACAUGCGGUUCCCUGAACUCUCUCUGGCAUUGGCUCAAGCAGGAGCAGAGAUACUUACCUAUCCUUCAGCUUUUGGAUCGGUUACAGGCCCAGCCCACUGGGAGGUGUUGCUGCGGGCCCGUGCUAUUGAAACCCAGUGCUAUGUCGUGGCAGCGGCACAGUGUGGACGCCACCACGAGAAGAGAGCAAGUUAUGGCCACAGCAUGGUGGUAGACCCCUGGGGAACAGUGGUGGCCCGCUGCUCUGAGGGGCCAGGCCUCUGCCUUGCCCGAAUAGACCUCAGCUAUCUGCGACAGUUGCGUCAACACCUGCCUGUGUUCCAGCACCGCAGGUCUGACCUCUACGGCAAUCUGGGUCACCCACUGUCUUAAGACAACUUCUGUGAGUUCAGACCCACCCCCACCAGCCCCCACCCCGCCAAUGUGAGCUGGUGCUCAUGUGACUUGGAGGCAGGACCCAGGCACAGCUCCCCUCACUUGGAGAACCUUGACUCUCUUGAUGGAACACAAGCUUCACUUCUUAGGAAAGAAACUUUCACCUGAGGUCAGAUUGCAGUUUCAGAAAGGUGGCAUUUUAUACAGUCAUUGUUUAUUUCAUGAAAACUGAAGUUCUGCUGAGGGCUGAGCAGCACUGGCAUUGAAAAAUAUAAUAAUCAUAAAGACUGUGUCUGGACAUCGCCUUUGGGAACUAGAAGGGGAGUUGGUGUUGUACCAGCUGUACUAAGCUCCAGUUCUAGACCUGGCUCAUUCAACAUGCGUCCCUACAUAAAUAAAAGUGCAACACUCA